AUAUUUCGGUGCAAAGAUGGUAAUUGAAUGCAUCGCGAUCACGAAAAAUAUUUGAGUGAUAUCAAGUUGGAAAUCCCAUGACUAACAAUCUGACAGACAUCUACAGUAGUAACGAAGAUAAUUACAUCUAAUUGUUAUCAUCCAUGUUUUUUCCAGAAUUUUUCCCAACAUAGCAUUAAUAACAAGACUUACGUGAGCGCUCCGGACCUUAAGUACAAGAACGUGAUAAAAUGUCUCUUUGCAGAAGCUAUGAUGAAUCUUACCGCGCUAGCAAUGAGUAAUAAAGAUCUUAAUAUAAAGUGCACCUUUAUCGGGGAUCAUCAUGUUUUCCGGUUAUGUAUUAGUAAUGCAUCUUUGCGAGCAGGAUGCUUGCAAUCCCGUGUUUUUCUCUGCGACAAGUAGAACUGCGAAAUGCAGAAGAAUCGUGCAGAUUUUUGCGUGUCUUCGUUUCUAAAACACGUCGAACGAAGCUUUCGACAUGGUCGUAGAAAUAUCUCGUCAAGUUAGCGGGCAUCGGUAACCGAAGCGCGAAAAGAUUCGUCACCGAUAAAAUACAAGCGUGGCGUUGCCGUCGCCAUCGCCGUCGCUGUGGACCCACUAUGGACCAGAACGGAGAAGUAAACAAAAGAUCUGAUGCGCGCGUUUCACUCGGGCGGGUCUUGUUGGGUCUGCUCCGAGUGAAUUACUUCGAUCGAUAAUCUAUAUCAUUCAUCCGUUCGAGGAAAGGCGGGAACAUAUUCAGAGGCACGUCACGGUCUAUCGCUAAGAGCAAUUGAUAACGAAAUUUCUCCUAAUGAUUAGAAGAAAUUAGAUUAAAAGAUGGUGGAGAUUAAAAUAUCUUCGUCAAAAGAUGAUGAUAUAUUAACGCAGGACGAUGCAAUUAAUCUCGCAAAUUUGAAAUUGUAUACGAACGUUAAUGUGAAGAAUUUAAAGACCAACAGAAAAAAUGUUUUAUUUAUUAUUUGCAAUGUAUUGAUAUUUCUCAUUCUUAUAAUCUGCUUCAUGAUAUCCAGAAUAAUUUUGAUUACGGCACAAAAUGAAGAAAACACAAUACGAAUUUAUCGAACAUCGGAAGAAGUACAUCGAAAAAUAAAAGACUUAGAAGUACGGAUAAAUAAUAUUAUGUCGAGGCUCAAAUACAAUAAUCAAAAUAUAAUUAGCACUUAUCCGUGGCGUAUCCGAUCAAUAGAUUAUUCAAAGUCUUUCAUUCGCGAGCCCGCUAAUCUAUCGAAAAUAAAAAAUGAUCGCGAUUCCAACACUGCCUUGGUGAUUUUUGAUGUGAAUAAUUCGACGGUUCCAUCUGCUUUCGUUCAAUCACUGACCACAAUGGAUCGUCAAAAUCAUGUAAUUGAAAAAAAUAGUAGUAUUUUCGAUAUAAUUAAUCCGUCGAUAAGAUCGGAAAACAAUUUGAUCACCGAGCCUAAGAUGAAAGACUUGUUACGUGAAAAGAGAGCUAUAUUGAAGAUUGAAGCACAAAAUCAUACGAUGACGAAAGAUGUGCAAAGCGGAAAUGAUACAAUGGAUACAUCAAGGGAAUCACGAGCGAGAAAAUUACAGAGAGACGAAGGAAGAGGUAAAAAACGGCGACUAAACAGAAGGAGGCCCAAACGCAGUCGCAGGCGAUUGGAUCCGGCAGUGGUUACGUUUGUUGGUGCAAUACCGGAACAAGAGUUUAAAAACACAGUUUAUAUAGGUCCAUGGAUCAAAAGUAGCAGGAGCAAUGGUGCAUACGAUUUCACCAAGUUCUACUUGGCAGAGGAAAAUUAUUCAAUUGAAGUUACCAUAAGUGGUUUAUAUAUGAUCUCUGUACAGAUUUUUUAUUUUGGAAAACCGAUAAAUCAUUCUUAUUGGGUGUUGUUAAAUUCUGAGGGUUCAUCAAUGAAACAAAAACUUAUUACAUGUGCCAUCGCUUCUGUUAGUACAGAAGGAGGAUCAUGUUAUACGAGUAUUACUACAUAUCUACAGAAAGGUGACAGAUUAUCUAUACAACAACAAGAGAGAAAUAGAUUGGUUAAACUGAGAGAAGGAUAUAGUCAAGUCCAACUUGUGCUACUUGCCAAUGAUAAACAUAGAAGAGGGCCAAGAGCUAACAUUUUCUAUAAUGAACAUUUAUGUUCGACGCGUAUACAUAUCUUUAUCUAAGGAAGGUUCUCUUAUGCAAAAAGAAUAAUAUGCAGUUUUUAUUUCCGAGGAAUCAAAUCGAUUUUAGAUGUGAUGUUAGUAUUAUGGAUAAUUAGUAGAGAAUUAGUUAUAGACUCGCAAAUUGCUCAGUUUGAAGGUAAAUAUUAAUUGAUUUUUAUAUACACUUUUGUAAAUGCUAGUGGGUAAGAAAAGUUUUAUUACUUUUUUGUACUAUAGUUAGCUAUUAGAAAUUUGACAUUGUGCCAAUGUAAUAUAAAUAAGUAAAAAAGUAUAAAAAAUUAUAAAAAUAAUUUUAAUAAAAUAUGAAGAAGAUUUUAAUGUUGACGUCAUAUAUAUUGUUAGUUAUAAUAAUCUAUUGCAUUCUAGAAACUUUAUAAAUUUAUCAACUUUACUUUGAUUUUAUUGAAAGACUGUGAGAUAAUGUGGAUUUUCACUACAGUUUAUAUUCUGACAUUGUGUAACAAUAUGCAUUUAUGAAACUGAUAAAUUAAUAGAGACACUUAAUGUGUAUUUGAUAGAGUAAAUAUUUGUAAUUUAGAAUUUAUUUAUUAUUUAUAUUCAUUAUGCUUACAUGCAGUAAAAAGUAUAUACAAAGGUAUAUUUACAAUGAUGAUAUACAGAAUUUACAAUCUAACAUGAACAUGUAAUAACUGUCUGGUUUUAUACAUGCUUGUACAACUAAUAUACGUGCUAACAAGUUUCAUUAGUAAUAAUUUAUGUCAUUUUUAAAUAUAUAUCUACGCGGCUACACUAUAAAUACAAAAACUAUUUGGUAAUCAUGGAUUCAUUUAUAAUACGCGAUCGAGAAAAUGUGAUUCUUCAUGAAUUAAGUCGAUUUGCCAGACAACUCUUUCUUUUACCCAAAUGUUUUAUCUAUGAAUACGUUCUUUUUUUGUAACGAAUUACAAGGAAACGACGUCGUUAUUGGUACGAUAUAUCGCGCAAAAUAUUUUAUUAUUCAGUUAAUUAUGUUUUAUUUUGUUGACUUAUCCGACUGAUAUCAAUCUACACAUUAAUCCUUAAAUGAAUAAUCUCUUUUAUAUUACCGAAAUACAAUAUAUAUAAAAUGAUUGAACAGCAUAAUAAACUAGGAUGGAUUUAUAGACAGAAAUAA